AUGUACAAUCGCUCGUUUCGUAUGCCUAAACGUCUAGAUGCGGUGUCAAUACCGAUGUUUGGUUCAGAACGGUUACCAAGUACACGAUCCGAACGAUGCUUACCACGUAUCACCACUGCAUUUAUUUCUGAUUACUCCGAUAUGCAGUGUCUAUCACCAAAUCGUGAGAAGCACAACGCCAAUCCCCGUCUCGUACGCGGAAGAAUCGUAUACAAAUCAAAGCGCUCUCUUCAUAGAGUGGAUGCCAAUACGCCAAGCAGAGAUAGCAGUUUGUAUGCACAACCUCCGGCUCGACGACAUUUAAGCCAACCGGCUCGAGAAGGAAGUCUUAGGUCUUGCCGUUCACACGAAUCAUUGCUCAGUUCGGCACAUUCGACGCAUAUGAUUGAAUUGAACGGCCACCAUCGCGUGCAUCCAGUUCACCCAUCCAUCUUCCAAAUUCCACACUGCUUCCGAUUCUCUUCCACCUUCUACGCUUGCAGAACUCCACUGGAAAGAGCAAAGUGGAUGGAAAACCUGCGACUAACCAUGAAUCCACGCAGGGACUACCAGAGACGCACUGAAAACAGCUUACUCAUCUGGAUUCUGGAAGCCAAAGGCUUGCCAGCCAAGAGAAAGUAUUAUUGUGAGAUGACACUCGACAAGACACUGUAUGGAAAGAGUUCAACAAAGGCCAGAACUGACAACGUGUUCUGGGGAGAGAACUUCGAGUUUGUCAUGCUGCCACAAAUUUCGGAAAUUUGCGUGAGCCUCUUCCGUGACAGUGACAAGAAGAAGAAGGAACCAUUGGUCGGAUACGUCAAAAUCGGAAUCGACCAACUCGCCGGCAGAAGUCCAGUGGAGAAAUGGUACACCGUCAACAACACACAUCAUGACUCUGGAACAAGCCGUAUUGCUUCAGCACUCGGUGGAAAGAGUAGCCAUCAGGAUAUUCCAUCACUCAGAAUCAAGGCUCGCUGGCAAUCGGUCGAUAUCCUUCCACUCCGUUCCUAUGACCAUCUCUACGAAAUUCUGAGUUACAACUACAUGCCAUUGUGUGAGCAAUUGGAACCAGUGCUCAACGUCAGAGAUAAGGAAGACUUAGCGACUUCCCUGGUACGAGUUAUGUACAAACGAAAUCUGGCGAAGGAGUUCUUGUGUGAUCUAAUCAUGAAAGAAGUCGAAAAGCUUGACAAUGAUCAUUUGAUGUUCCGUGGAAAUACUCUUGCCACAAAGGCGAUGGAAUCGUUCAUGAAGUUGGUCGCCGAGGAUUAUCUCGACUCCACACUCUCUGGUUUUAUUAAGUCGGUUUUGCAAUGUGAGGAUUCUUGCGAAGUCGAUCCAACAAAGUUGGGAAACGUCUCCAAUUCGGCACUCGAAAAGAACAGAGCUCUGCUCAGCAAAUACGUUAAUGCUGCAUGGACGAGUAUAAUGGAUACUAUUGAGCAGAUGCCGAAAAACCUUCGUGACGUCUUCGCGGCUCUUCGCCUUCGCCUGGCUGCUCAAAACCGUGUGGCUCUGGCUGACACUCUUAUUUCGUCUUCGAUCUUCCUUCGAUUCUUGUGUCCAGCGAUUCUUAGUCCAAGUCUUUUCAAUUUGGUUUCCGAGUACCCGUCACCAACAAAUGCUCGCAACUUGACUCUCAUCGCUAAGACACUCCAGAAUCUUGCAAACUUCAGCAAGUUUGGAGGGAAGGAACCACACAUGGAGUUCAUGAAUGAGUUUGUCGACGCUCAGUGGCACCAAAUGAAAGGAUUCCUGUUGGAGAUCUCAACUGAAACUCAAUCGGUGAAUGUGAAGUACGUCGAUGCUGUUGUCGACACUGGAAAAGAGCUCAGCCUCAUCACCAGCUAUCUUGAGGAAGCAUGGACUCCACUUCUCCAGGAGAAAAAUGGAAACAAGCACCCGCUGUGCAACAUCAAACCGAUUCUCUCGGAGUUGGCUGAAAUCAAGAGACGUCCGGAUGCUAUUUUCCACUCUCCAAUGGUUCAACAGCCAUCUUCUGAUUAUGAGAAUAGUCCACAGCCGAGUGUGGUUCCUCGACAUGAGAAUGUGCCUGCCUACCGCAGUACUCCACCAACUGGACAGGCCACUGUCAUGGGUCGUUCAAUGAAUCGCGCGGCUACCCAUCUGAUGACUUCUGAUGACUACGUCCUUUCCUCAGCAUUCCAAACUCCAAGUCUUCGUCCGGGCGGUACUCGUUUGAGUGAUGAGACUGGAACGUCGUCAAGUCGUACCAGUGACAAGACAACCAGCAGUGCUGAGAUUCGUGAGGACACGGACUCGGAUUUUGAGUUGCGUGAUGACCUUGGUCGCGGCGGAAGAAAUCGAAAAAGGCUUCCACGUACAGAUGCAUCUCCAUCAAGCAGUCAACAAGCUUCCAGUGGAUAUAUGAGCAACAAUCCAUCCAGAUCCAGCUAUUCCAAUUCGUCAAGCUCAUCUCCAGUGGAGCGCAUGGGUGCACUCUCUAUAGCCAACCCAGUGUUCGGUCCAGGACCAUCAUCCGGAUACACAAUUCCAGCUGAACCAAAGGAGAUUGUCUACCAAAAACGUUCCAGCCCACCACCAUACGACCCGGAUGCGCACAACUAUCACUACCAGACGAUGCAGGUGUACUCCGUGCCACCGGAUUGCCAAGUCUCUCCACGCACUCAAUCUCUUCCUGGGGCAGCCAACGUUCAGAAUCGCUUGAGUCUUCCAAGAACGAAUCCACGCGCUUCGAGAACUUCGGCUCUUCUUCGUCCAAGCGUUGUAAACGUUCCGGACGACUGGGAUCGCUCAAGCGACUACUGGCUUGAAUACAGAGAUAAGAUGAUUGAGAGCCAAGCUCGUGAGAUUGAACGUUUGACGAGAGAAAAUGCAAAACUGAAGAACAAGAUCUUUGGCACUAAUAAUGAUGUCGAUUCAAAGAGAUCCGACAGUGGAGCCAGUGAAGAAUCAUACGACUCUCUCAGCUCUCUCGAUCGUCCAUCCAGGCAAUCUCUUGUUCUCCGGCCAAACUAA